AUGGCUUCAAAAUUUCUGUGUACUUUUGGUCGAAAGUCUCCUCAAUUGUUUAUAAAUCGCAUAAUCUCUCAAAAACUUGCAAAAGUGCCUGGUUUACAGUUAUUAAACGUACCCAUAAAAAGAAAAUACAGCACUGGCCCUGCUGGAAUGAAAGUUACAAUAUGUGGAGCUGGAGGUCAGCCACUCGCUCUUCUUCUAAAACAAUGUCCAUUAUUGGAUGAGAUAGCACUUUAUGAUAUUUGUGCAACUUGUGGCUACGGCAUGGAGUUGAGUCACGUUGACACAAAAUGUAAGGUCUCUUCUUUCUCUGGCAGACAUAUGCUUUGCGAUGCUCUCAAGGGCUCAAGAGUUGUUGUGAUAGUCGCUCGAAACAAAUGCGAUUCAUUUGAAAACAAUGCUCCGAUUGUCACAGAAAUUGCAUUACAAAUUUGUAACACAUGUCCAGAGGCAUUUACGAUAGUAGCCACGGAGCCAGUGGAGAGCAUGGUUCCUUUAAUCGGCGAGAUACAAAGACUACGUGGACAAUACAAUCCAAGAUUUCUACUUGGAUGUGUAGAGCUGAACUGUGUGCGAGCUAAUACGGUCUUGGCAGAUUUUCUAAGAGUACCACCGGAGUCAGUUAGAGUUCCGGUGGUGGGAGGGGCUACUCCAGAAACUAUGGUUCCUGUACUCUCCGCAGCUGUUCAUCCUUGCACAUUAUCGCAGGAACAGACGGAAUGUGCUACCUCAUGCAUAAUGAGCGGUAACGACGCUGUAUGUGCUGCAAAAGGUUGCGCGACAGCAACUGCAUGUCUCUCGGGAGCGUUUGCUGUGGCUCGUACUACUAUCAAUGUGGUGAAGGGUUUACAGGGUAGAAAGAACGUUGUGCAGUGUGCUUAUGUAGACAGUCUAGGCACAUGUGCUCCGGGAUGUCAGUUUUUUGCUAGUGAGGUUAUCCUCGGACCAGCUGGUGUAGAAAAGAAUUUAGGUAUACCAGAGCUUUCUAAGUUUGAAAACUGUCUCUUAUGCCACUGUUUACCGUAUGUCCGUAAUGAAAUUGCUCGUGCCAUUUGGCUCGUAUACACGAUGUGUCAGCAGUGCUGCUGCUAUGGCUGCACCGUUCAUCCUAGUACGUGUUACACUCCGCCUAUAGUUCCCUGUGUUCCACCUACCAACUGGACCUGUGAUUGUCCCGACGCUUGCCGAGAUGAAUACCUCGCUUCUAUCUGUCGUGAGAUGACCUGCAUGUGCGGUAGUACAGCUCUGUGCUGGAGGCCGCGGGAAGCAGAUUACGACGCAAAACGAGCCUCGAACCUUACACAUCAAAUGCCGUUGAGAAGCGCCGCCUGUAAUGUGUGUAACGUGCCACGAAGCGUGCGAAUUCAACAGGCCUUGCGAGAAAAGAAGGGAGAUUUUUAA